ACUAGUGAAGGACAGACAGAAAGGAAAUAAUAAGAGAGAAACACACAACCGGACUUCCAACACAAAGAAAAGAGAGAGAGAGUCUUCCUCUCUCCACUCUCCCCUUCUCAUCAUCUUCUUUUUCCCAUAAUUCAUUCCGUCGCCACUUGUAUUUGCUCCAUACGAUGUCAAGAUUUUCUUCAUCAGUUAGCCCUGUCAAGAUUAUUUCUCUCCUCCUGUGGUUCAUCUCUACUGCUCCGACCGCUAUCAAUGCAACUACCAAAAUCAACCACCUACAAUUCAAGUUCAGAGAAGCACCACAAUUCUACAACUCUCAUGCUUGCCAUCACCUAAGCUACACCGCCUGCUCAGAUAAUGCAGUGCACGUAGCCAUGACCCUGGAUGUAGCCUACCUCAGGGGAUCAAUGGCUGUGAUUCUCUCGGUUCUUCAGCACACUUCUUGCCCGGAAAACGUAAUCUUCCAUUUUGUUGCUUCCGCUUCCGCAGAUAUUAGCCACCUGAACCUCACUAUAGCCGAGUCAUUUCCGUAUCUUAGCUUCACAAUCUAUCCCUUCGAUGAUUCGGCCGUGGCAGGAUUAAUAUCAACCUCAAUCCGGGCUGCUUUGGAUUGCCCUUUAAACUAUGCGCGUAACUACCUGGCCGAUCUCCUUCCUUCGUGCGUUGGAAGAGUAGUUUAUCUGGAUUCUGAUUUAGUCCUGGUCGAUGACAUUGCAAAACUAGUUGCCACUCCGUUAGGUGUUCGAGCAGUUUUAGCUGCACCUGAGUAUUGCAAUGCCAACUUCACCUCCUACUUUACGCCUACGUUUUGGUCCAACCCUUCACUUUCUUUAACGUUUGCCAAUCGUAAACCUUGCUACUUCAACACGGGAGUGAUGGUGAUUGACGUGGAGAGAUGGAGAGCUGGAGAUUACACCACAAAGAUAAUAGAGUGGAUGGAGCUCCAGAAGAGAAUGAGAAUCUAUGAAUUAGGUUCUUUGCCUCCUUUUUUGCUUGUUUUCGCCGGAAACAUAGCCCCCGUGGAUCAUAGAUGGAACCAACAUGGUCUUGGAGGAGAUAAUUUUAGGGGCCUAUGCCGGGAUUUACAUCCUGGCCCGGUUAGCCUACUGCAUUGGAGCGGAAAGGGGAAGCCAUGGGCUCGACUGGAUGCCAACCGGCCAUGUCCUCUUGAUGCCCUUUGGGCACCUUAUGAUCUCUUGCAAACGCCAUUUCUUCUUGAAUCUUGAGGGGUGUUACUAGCAUGUAGAUUGAAUUACAAAAGAAGGCAGAGAUCCGUGGCUAGAGAUCCUCCUCCUUUGUGAGUGAAUUUUCCUACACAAAUAUACAUAUAUAUAUAUAGUAUUUCAGUUCCGUAAGUUCGCCAGCUUACUGAUGAUGAUGAUGAUGGCUGUUUGUAUAUUAUACAUGUAGUACUAGAUUUCUUGAGUUUUUGGCUGUGUAUACGUGCCUGCCGCCUGAGAGGCUGAGAACAGGUUUGAGUACAGCGGAACAAACUUUAACAAAAGUACAGACUUAGUUAUCCAGAGGAUCUCCUUUUGCGGCAGUUAA